AUGGAGCAACACUGAAGGGAAUUGAUGAAAGCAAUGCCCUGGUCCUGCCAGCAAAAAAAGCAAAGAAGAAGAAAGCUGUGAGUGUUGUGCAACAGCAGAAGAAACCCUUGAGCAAGAAACAGAAGAAAAACCUGCAGAAGAUUUUGGAGCAGAAGGAGAAGAAAAAACAGAGAGCUGAGUUGCUGAACCAGCUGAAUGAGGUCCAGGCUUCUGAGGCAGAAAUGAAACUCCUGUUCACUACUUCCAAGCUGGGUGUUGGGGAACGCAUGUAUCAGGCCAAAAGGGUGAUGCAGGAGCCAAGGACUGACAUGCCGGGGAAGAUCAGGAGCAUCAGUGGUGCAAACAAGAGGAAGCACAGCUCAGGUUCAGAAUCGGAGCCUGAGGAAGAGCCCAGUAGCUCUGAGGAGGAGGAGGAAGAGCAGAAACAAGAAACUGAGAAGUCCUCAGGCAGUGCUGUGAAUGCUGCUGAAAAGCCAGAGGAAGGAGUGAGGAAGGCAGUGGCUGACCAGCCACCAGCUGCUCCCACUGUGCCUGUGUCCCAAACAGCCUCCAGCAAACCAUCCUGCAAACCUGCAGUUUUCAUCCCAGUGGACAGGUCUCCUGAGAUUCAGGAAGCAAGACUAAAGCUCCCAAUCCUUGCUGAAGAGCAAGUCGUCAUGGAAGCCAUUAAUGAGAAUCCCAUUGUGAUCAUCUGUGGAGAGACUGGAAGUGGUAAAACCACACAAGUGCCUCAGUUUCUCUAUGAGGCUGGUUAUGCCAGUCCCAGCGGUGCCGUUGGGAUCACGGAGCCACGGCGCGUGGCUGCAGUGUCCAUGUCUGAGCGAGUCGCUAAGGAAAUGAACCUGUCACACAGAGUGGUUUCGUAUCAAAUCCGAUACGAAGGGAAUGUUACAGAUGAAACACAGAUCAAGUUCAUGACAGAUGGUGUGCUGCUGAAAGAGAUUCAGAAGGAUUUUAUGCUUUCCAAGUACAAAGUCAUUAUCAUUGAUGAAGCCCACGAAAGGAGUAUGUACACUGACAUCUUGAUUGGCCUCUUGUCUCGCAUCGUGCCGCUGCGUCACAAGAAAGGACUUCCCCUGAAGCUGAUCAUCAUGUCAGCAACUCUUCGUGUGGAGGAUUUCACUGACAACAACAGGCUGUUUGCUGUUAAACCUCCUGUCAUCCAGGUAGAUGCAAGGCAAUUCCCUGUAACCAUCCACUUCAACAAGAAGACCCCCCUGGAUGACUACAGUGGGGAAUGUUUCAGGAAAGUGUGCAAAAUCCAUCGAAUGUUGCCCUCAGGUGGGAUUUUGGUGUUUUUAACAGGCCAGGCAGAAGUUCACUCUCUCUGCAGAAGACUAAGAAAAGCCUUCCCAUACCAAAAAAACAACACUGCAGGAGGAGAGGAUGACAAAGAAGACUCGGUGGAAGAAAUGAGAAAAUUUAAAAAAUCGAGGAAGCAGAGGAAAGUUAUGACACUCCCUAAAAUUGAUCUGAACAAUUACUCUGUGGUACCAGCAGAUGAAGGAGAUGAAGACAGAGAUGCUGACAGUGAUGAUGAUGCUGCAGGGUCUGAUAUUGACCUGGAUUUGGGAGAUGGAGACUCAGGAGAAGAAGAGAAAUCUGAUUCAUCCCUCCCACUGUUUGUGCUCCCACUCUAUUCCUUGUUGGCACCAGAGAAACAGGCAAAGGUAUUCAGGCCUCCUCCUGCUGGCACGAGACUGUGUGUGGUGGCCACCAAUGUGGCUGAAACAUCCCUUACCAUCCCAGGCAUCAAAUACGUGGUUGACUGUGGGAAGGUGAAGAAACGUUUCUAUGACAAAAUCACUGGAGUUUCGUCGUUCAGGGUCACGUGGAUAUCCCAGGCCUCGGCUAACCAGCGUGCUGGCCGCGCCGGCCGCACCGAGCCAGGGCACUGCUACAGGUUAUACUCUUCUGCAGUCUUCAUGGACUUCGAGAAAUUUUCAGCUCCAGAAAUAACGAAGCGACCGGUAGAAGAUUUAAUUCUGCAAAUGAAGGCAUUAAAUAUAGAAAAGGUAAUCAACUUCCCAUUCCCAACACCACCUCCCACGGAAGCACUUGCAGCAGCUGAGGAGUUGCUGAUAGCCCUGGGUGCCUUGAAGGAGCCUCCAAAGAAGGGAAGGCUGAAGCAGCAGCUGGCAGCAAAGCUGAGCUGCCCCAUUAGUCCCCUGGGCAGGAUAAUGGCCACUUUUCCUGUAGCCCCUCGCUAUGCCAAGAUGUUGGCAUUAAGCAGGCAGCACAACUGCCUGCCCUACACCAUCACCAUCGUGUCUGCCAUGACUGUCAGGGAGCUCUUUGAAGAGUUUGACAGGCCUGCUGUAAGUGAGGAAGAGACAGCCCAGCUGAAGGGGAAGAGAGCAAGGCUUGUACAGAUGCAGAAGGUGUGGGCUGGGCAGGGACCGAUGCAGAAACUCGGAGACCUCAUGGUGAUGUUAGGAGCAGUGGGGGCCUGUGAGUAUGCUGGGUGCACCCCUAAGUUCUGUGAAGAAAAUGGACUCCGAUACAAAGCCAUGAUGGAAAUCAGGCGCUUGAGAGGGCAACUGACAACUGCAGUGAACUUGGUCUGUGCAGAUUCUGGGCUCUAUGUUGAUCCGAAGAUGAAGCCUCCAACAGAAGCUCAAGUGACAUACCUGAGGCAGAUUGUGCUGGCAGGGCUGGGGGAUCAUGUUGCCCGAAAGGUUCAGGCAGAAGAUCUCCUAGAUGAAAAAUGGAAAAAUGCCUAUAAGACUGCUCUCCUGGAGGACCCAGUGUUCAUCCACCCAAGCUCAGUCCUCUUCAAAGAACUCCCAGAGUUUGUGGUGUAUCAGGAAAUUGUUGAGACUACAAAGAUGUACAUGAAAGGUGUGUCUGCAGUGGAACCUGAGUGGAUUCCUGCCCUGUUGCCACCAUACUGCCACUUUGGGAAGCCUCUGGAAAAUCCUCCUCCAUCCUACUGCCCUGAGACAGGCCGAAUCCGAUGUCACAGGCCCAGUGUCUUUUACCGAGUUAGCUGGGAGCUCCCUGCUGUGGAGGUUGAUUACCCAGAGGGUAUUGAUCGCUACAAAUACUUUGCCAGGUUCCUGCUUGAAGGAAAGGUCAUUAAACAGCUGAGUUCCUACAGCCAGUACCUGCUGUCCAGUCCCCUCAUAAUGCUGAAGACAUGGUCCAAGCUUCAGCCCAGGACAGAAUCUCUCCUGCAGGCUCUAGUUGCAGAAAAUUGUGACAAUCGAGAUGCUUUACUAGCUGCAUGGAAGAAAAAUCCUAAAUAUUUGCUCGCAGCCUACCGCCAGUGGAUCCCUGAGGCCAUGCACGAUGAAGUAGCCCAGAAGUGGCCACCAGUAACACUCUGACUCCAUUCCUGAUGGACUCUUUUUCUCCAAGAUGUUUCAAGAGCUUUCCAAGAGCUUCCUUGGAAAUCUGAUGACACAGACGAACUCGCCAGCUGUAGUGAUUCCUUUUUAUA